UGAUCAAAAAUCAGUUGGGAGUUUCCGCCCAAAAUUUCGGUUACGUUUUAGACACGGUCCAUUUCCGGCUUCUGCGUAUCUAUAGCCACGCACCCAAACGCGGCCUUACUCCCUUUUUUACUUCGUCAAUUCUCCCCAAAAGCUUUAGCCUUUUUGCUCCCUCCCAUAACUCUUCACUUUUCACUUUUCACACAGACAAAGAGAGAGAUUGGAUUGUGAAUCUCAAUUCUGAAACAGUGUGGGAUAACUAUGACGGAGGAGAAAGCUGAAGCUGGGCGGCCGAAGCUUUACACGCGAAUGCGGCUAUGGGAGUUUCCGGAUCAGUAUGUGAUCGAGCCCACUGAUGGAUCCAACGGCUCGUCUUUGGCGGUCAGUCGGGUCGAUGGGUCCAUGAGUCUCAUUGAGAAGCUUCCGGAAUCCAGCUCUGUUCGGGUUCCGAAAAUUCGGACUAUUUUCGGUGUGGUUGGGGUGCUCAAGCUUGUAGCAGGGUCAUAUUUGAUGGUUAUAACGGAACGGCAAUCUGUUGGUUCUUACCUGGGGCAUCCUAUCUAUAAAGUUUCGUCAUUUAAGGUUUUUCCCUGUGACCAUUCUUUAAGGAACUCCCCUGCAGAACAGAGUGGCUACUACAAUAAUCUUGUACCUCUUUGGCAGAAAAAGAUGGAGACCGAGUUUUCUGCGCUGCUAAAUAUAGCAGAGAGGACUCCUGGUCUGUACUUCUCAUACGAGGCCAAUCUAACACUGAGUUCGCAACGAUUGAAUGAUUUAGGCGGCGAAUCUAAAUCGCUUCCACUUUGGAGACAGGCAGAGCCUAGAUUUCUUUGGAACAAUUAUAUGUUGGAGAACCUCAUUGAUAACAAGCUUGAUCCAUACCUACUUCCUAUUGUUCAAGGCAGCUUUCAUCAUUUUCAAGCAGCCAUUGGAAAAGAUAUUGUCGAUGUUACUCUGAUUGCUAGGAGAUGCACUAGGCGAAAUGGUACUCGGAUGUGGAGAAGAGGAGCUGAUCCUGAUGGCUAUGUAGCAAAUUUUGUGGAAACGGAGCAGAUUAUGCACUUGAAUGGGUUUACUGCAUCAUUUGUCCAGGUUAGGGGUUCAAUUCCAUUGCUUUGGGAUCAAAUUGUUGAUUUGACAUAUAAGCCUAAGUUCGAAAUUGUGCGACUUGAGGAAGCUCCGCGAGUGGCAGAGAGGCAUUUUCUGGAUUUAAGAAAAAAGUAUGGGGCAGUGUUAGCUGUUGAUCUUGUCAACACGCAUGGAGGUGAAGGACGCUUGAGUGAAAAAUUUGCAAAUGCAAUGCAGCAUAUCGUUAGUGAUGAUCUCAGAUAUUGGCACUUCGAUUUUCAUCAUAUCUGUGGACACGUCCAUUUUGAGCGCCUCUCUAUCCUUUAUGAACAAAUAGUAGAUUUUCUCGACAGAAAUGGGUAUCUUUUGUUGAAUGAAAAUGGUGAGAAAAUGAAGGAGCAAUUAGGAGUUGUAAGGACCAAUUGCAUUGAUUGCUUAGAUCGUACAAAUGUUACCCAGAGUAUGAUAGGCCGCAAUAUGUUGGAAUGCCAACUUAGGAGGCUUGGCAUUUUUGCUGCUGAAGAAACUAUUAGCUCACACCCCAAUUUAGAUGAAUGCUUUAAAAUUUUGUGGGCUGAUCAUGGGGAUGAUGUGAGCAUUCAAUAUUCUGGCACUCCUGCUUUGAAGGGGGAUUUUGUAAGAUGUGGCCAGCGGACAAUGCAAGGAAUGGUCAAGGAUGGGAUCAAUUCCCUUCUACGCUAUUACUACAAUAACUUCUGUGAUGGAACUAAACAGGAUGCAAUUGACCUCCUGCAAGGACAUUACAUUGUCUCCGUCAGCAAAGAUAUGACAGCACCAUCUCAAAAGAAAGGACUUGAGGCUGUUGCUUCAUUUCCACUGGCUUUGUCAUUCGUUUUGACUGGAUUCUUUUUUGCGACUUUGUCAUUGAGGCAAGUUAGGUACGAUCUACGGCACUUGUUCUUCUCAUUUAUGUGGGCUGGUCUAAGUGUGGCUAUAGCUGCAUUUGUGAGGGCCAAUGGGCGGAUUUUCUGCAAUAGACCUCGUCUGCACAAGCCUCGGUCUUGAUUUGGGGAUCAGACUGCUGCGGCCAAUGCAAUAUCCUGUGAAGUUUUUCCUGGUUGCUUCAUAGUAUUUGAUUCUUUGAUUUGUAGUGUCAACGUAAUGUUGAAUUCUUGAUCAGGUAUACAUGAAAGUUAAUACCCCAUCUAAUCUUACCAUUACACUUUUUUCUGUAAAUGCUUGCACCUUGUUCAAGCUUUUCGAGUGGUAUUAUGACCGUGGACGUGGUUUGUAAGCUGUAUCUUGAAAUUUCUGUAUUUACUUAUGAAACCAGAUUGAUUCAAAGAUUAAUCUUAAGAGAUUAACUUUUGUUA